GUCAUCGCCGUCAUCUCGGCGCAUCACAGCACAACGCCGCUGUUGAUGGCCAAUUGAGACAAGUGUUGAGCCUCCGGUGGAUUCACCCUAUGGACCAGUCGAAGGAAUAGAGGCCAGCUCCCUCCCAGUGCAAGCUGCGGGCGAACGAUGGCCUCAACGCUGAGCCCCGAGGUGCAGCUGAUGCGACGUCGUGUCCGUCACAUCCACAUACCUGACCUGCCGCCCAUAUAUGCCCCUCGCAGCCUCGCCCCCAACAUCCGUGACCACAUAGUGGGCCAAAUCACCCGCCAGCGCGCCCUCGUAGAAGAGCCAGCGCGCCCCGAGAGCCAAUAUGGCUUCGCCAAGAUAACGUCCAAGGCCCAGACUUCAUUCUCGUCCUGGCUCAGAAGAGCCGGGCCACCGCCCACCGUCCUGUCUUUCACCCGCCGCCCUACUUACAUCCUGCCCAAGCACCAGGUUGAGAGGCAGGAGCCAUGGCAGGUCGAAUAUCUCACAAAGGCCCUCAAGAGCAGGAUGAAUAUUCACUUCCCUGAGCCGCCCGGGUGGUCCUCGUCGCCGUGGAGGCCGUCCUGGGAGCAGAAACUGCCAGAGUCCGAGUGGAAGCAUGACCCAUUGAGUCACCAAUGGCCGGAUGUGGGCGUUCUCAUCAUGCCCUGCGCAGAAGCAAUGUUCCUGGGGCCUGGCCAGCUGUCCAUAUGGCCCAUCAUGGACCUGAGUGAUGCUAUCCAGCUGGGUCCCGCAAAGGUGAGAACAAAAUAUGAAUUCGAGAGGAUACUCGAGGACACCACGAUUGCGCUUCUGAAGCGAGAGUUUGGGAUCCAGGCCUUCGCCAUCCCCGGGUCGAGCGGUGUCUGGGUCGAGUCGAGGAUCCCGCCCGCCGAGGUCGACGCGAAACGAUCGGGGGAAGCCGAGGCGACAAACACGCCAGAAGGCCUUUCUGGGUCACUCCGGCGCAGAAACCUGCGGCGGAUAGCCACAGUCCACACCUCUGUUGCCGAUGACAUAACACAAUGGGGCGUGUCCAUCCACGUCGGGCAGCCAGACCCCGGACUCGACGCCUUGGCACGCUCCACAAACCCAUGGACGCCCCUGCGCCAACACUACACCACGACCAGCAUAGCAGCCGAGCUCUGCUACACGGACAGCAGCGCCAGCCCGCUGGGGCCGAGCAAGUACCUGCUGACCUACUUCAACCAGAACAAGGUGCCCCUCAGGGCCGGGCAGGGCUACAUCCCCUACAGCCGCAUCACGGCCGAGUCGGGCCGCAGGAGCCCGGCGCCGCUGGGCAUGGACAACAGGGACAUAUCGGCGGCGUGGACGUACCAGUUCGCCCGGGAGCUGGGGAUGAGCGACGGCCACGUGGACCACUACAGCAUGGUCGACGAGAACGACGUGGACGCGACCCACCUGCCCACGAAGCACACCGGGGCGGGGUUCCGGUUCAGGGGCGUCUUCUCGGAGGACGUGAUGAACAGCACGUACCGGCAGGUGGACGUGCCCAGCAUCCAGGUCGGCAGGAACGAGGCGGCGGCCAGCCGGGGCAUCGUCGGGUCGUCGCUGCGCCUCGAGCACCACGACGGGCGGGUCGACGCCGCCACGCACGAGGGGUGGCUCCUGUCCUGGCCGCUGUGGGAGGCGACGCUCCGCCGCAAGCUCGACGACGCCAUCGGCGGCGGGCCGUGCGACACGCGGCGGCGGGCCCACGAGCUGCAGAAGCAGGCGUCGUCGCGGCUGCAGCGCCGGCGCACCGAGCUGAGGCAGAAGGAGGAGGCCGAGGCCGCGUGGCAGAGGGAGAGGCCGCAGCUCAUCCGGCGGCCCCUGACGGACGCCAUGGUCCGGGAGCUGGCGGCGCGGUCGCGCGAGAUGGAGGGCAUCCUCAGGACGGUGCGCAUGGGCCGCAAGUCCGAGCGGCUGCUCGACAGCACCAUCCAGAUGCGGAGGCUGCUCGAGAGCCGCUUCGCCGGCGCCCUGGGCGGUCCGGUGGGCGCCGCCCCGGGGCCUGAAGAAGAGGAUCCCUUUUCCGUUCUUGACGAGGAGGCGGCGCAGGGCAGUGACACCCCAGCAGCAGCGGCCAGGGACCCCACGGCCAGGAAGGCCCCGACGGCCCAGGCCGACACCGCAACCGCAACCGCCGCGGGGAGGCCCCCGGCUAGGGGCAGGGGCAGGCAGGGGGUCGACCUGGCAGACACCAAGGCCAGGAGGCACGAGACGAAGCAGGAGCGGCGCGAGAGGAAGUUCCAGGCGCACAUCGCGAGGCUGCGGGAGCGCGUCGGGGAGAUCCGCGUGCCGCUGCGGCGGCCCCCCGGCGAGGACCCGGCCGGGCACUUUGCUGCGCUUGCCGGUACCAAUGCCGAGCGGCUCGGGCGGGAGCGGGAGGCGAGGCCGCUUGUGUAUGAGCGCUUGGAUCUGGGCCGGGGGCGGGGGGCGAGGAAGAGGACGGCGGGGGGCUCGGCGGCGGCGGCGUCGCAGUCCCUGCCGAGCACGCACCAGAUUGGGGCGGGAGGGGGAGGAGGGGCGCCGUCCGAGGCGGGUUCUGGCUCUGGUUCUGGCUCUGGCUCUGGCUCUGGCUCCGAGGGUCCGGAGGAUCUGCCCGAGACGCAGAAGGUUGGGGGAGGGUCUUAACCUGUGUGGUCUGACGGGGUGUGUGCGCUGUAUCGGCGCGGCUGGCUGUACGACCAUCUUGGGCGAGCAUACGGCGGGCGGAUGUAACAUGUAUAGAGACUUGUAUAUAGAUAGAUGACGAUCAUCCCGUUAUGAAUCAAAUCCCCUCAAACCCUAGGUCGUCCCAAGUGGACGGAUACCUAAGUACUAUUCUCGCAACGCCGCUCUCCGAUUGAUCAUCGGCUAACUACUAGUAACGCAUCACUUUGACUCUGCAGACUGUUGCAGCAUUGGGUUCAACCAGGCCUUUAUCACCGCAGUUUCACACCGACAGCAGCAUCGCCACCAAGCCGCUCAACCUCCACCGAAGCCAGCACAAACGCAGCAGCACCAAGGGCACUGUUGGGCACCAGCGGCCGGCUGACAUAGUACUCGUAGUCGGCGGUCGAGUUGAGGCUACACACACCGACAGUGCCAGCCCAAUCAAGCAGACCCUCGCCCUCCCCACUGCCAGAGACGAACCUCUCCACCAACAUCUUGUGCGCCGCAUAUCCAGCCUCCACCGCGAGGACGGCAUUCUCGGGGUCGGGGCCCAGGUACCCCAGCCGCGCCCCCUUGAGCAGCGCAUAAGCAAACAUGGCCGUGGCGCUAGACUCGACAUAAUUCCCCUCCCGCCCCGCGGCGUCGACGACCUGGAACCACCCUCUGGAUUCGUCAUCGACAUACCGCAGCACGUCCAUGGCAAGCGACGCGUACAUGCCGCUCAUCCGGCGCAGGAGCAUCACCUCCGGCGGCGGGCGUCCCCACUCCAGGCCCCCGCCGCGCCACUUGGGCCACACCAGCUCGAGCGUGUCGACCAGUGCCAUGAGGAACAGCGCCACCCCGCGGGCCCAGACGACCCCCGACGCCUCGGGGCCGGUGAUGCCGUCCUCGUGGUGGUAGUAAUAGCCGUGCACCAGCAGGCCCGUCGCCGCGUCGCGCGUGUGCGCCCAGAGGAGGUCGAGCUGCGCGAGGGUGUGCGCCGCUUUGUGCCCCUGCCCGCCCGUGCUGGAGGUGGUGACGGUGUCGUCGCCCGCCAUGCCGCGGGCGUAGUCGGCCGCGACGAAGGGCGCGAGGCCGUACGCGCCGUCGAGGUAGGCCCACCCGGGGUACUCCUGCCAGUACCACAUGCCUCCUCCGUCACCGUCGUCGGGGUUGACGUUGUUGUGGUGGACGGUUUUGCGCAGCGCGGGCAGGGCGUCGGCCACGGCCUGGUCGCCCGUCGUGUCGGCGAGCAUCGCGUUGCCCACGGCGAGGCGGUCGAGCGGCCAGCGCGCGAGGUCGGCGGCCUCGUCGGCCAUGAGGCGGGCGGCUGAGACGGUGCUGAGGUCGAUGUAGGCCUGGAUCUCCGGGUCGGUGCCGUGGUAGGACGUGUAUGCGGCGAGGGCCUUUUGCACGAUGCCCGCCUCGAGGGCGGCGCCUGGGUCGGAGGGGCUGGCGGGGGUCAUUAUGCCCUGCUUGCGGGACAUUAUGCUCAGGGCCAUGUGGUGGGAGGUGUUGCCUGCUGGGCCCACCCAUGAUGGUGAGGUCGUGGUGGUGCUUGUGUUCGAGCCUGGGCCGCCUGGGCUGUGUCGCAGGCUGGCCACGCCCGCGACGACGCCGACCACGGCGAACCAGAGGAGGCACGUCGCGGCUAGCAUGGCGUGGCGCCUUGUCUUUGGGAUGCGCUCGUAUUUCUGCCGGAGGAAGUCUCGCAGUCGGCGGGGGCGGCUUGGGGAGGAGGAGCGGGCUGAGGUGUGCAACUUCAUGGGCUUGGAUGCCAUGGCAGGGUAGUGGUUGUGAGGCUUGUGAGUUUGGGUCGUGAGUGCCGACGGCGGUGACUCUCGUGAGGUGUAUUACAGUCGGGGUGUGUCGGGGCUGGUAUAGGUUGUUAACCAAGGAUGGACAAUGUGGAUGUGGUGCCACCAAUAACUAUGCACGUGUGCUGUCAUCACACCUGCUGGUGACUUGCGACUUCAGGUGAGGUAAUGGAGGAAGAUGGGAGGGCCAGGUCUAGUUCCGCCAGGCUCGAGGGAAAUGGCCAAGUAUGGACGAUUUCUUGGGUUUGGCUUUUGUGGAAGUGUUUGCACUCGAGCAGGUGUUUGGCCCCAAACUCUGAUUGCGUUGGUCUGAAUGUAAGCUAUACAAGCUUUGACUGAUCUGCUCCAAGUAAACCUGGCUUCCCGUCUAAAACAACAAAACUGUUCUAUAAG